UCAGAGUAUGAUGUUUCAGUUCUAAAACCAAGUGAUUGAGCCUGGUUGUAUCAUGCGAACAAAUUGGAUCCUCAGGCUGGUGAUUGGUGUGGCUUGUCUGGUCGGAUUAAAACACACCAUACCGUCACAUGUUGAUAUUUAUUGGGUACAGCGCUUUCGAGGGCCUCAACCAAAGAGGAUCUUCUUCAUCGAAACAAAUCCAGAAACGACUCACGUCAGUUUAAUGGCUCAUUGUGCGGUUGAAAGUGCAGCGAGAAAAAAUCCAGAUUUUCUCGUCACUUUCAUCAUCGACCAGAGAUGUCGCAACAUGAAAAUGGGGUCGACCAUGGGCUUAAACAACAUAGAGUACAUGGUAUUGAAUACCACAGAGAUAUUCGCGAAUUCCAUCCUGAGCAACAUUGCGGCCAAAAUUGAUAACGCCACAAAUCAUCAAUUGUACACAGUCAGUGACUUAUUGCGAAUGGUCCUUUUAUACCACUUGGGAGGGGCUUACUUUGACUAUGAUGUCAUUUCCAUUCGAGCCAUUCCCCAACAGUUUUCAAAUUUCGCGCCAAUGAUCAGAGCCAAGGAAAAAUGGUGGCUAACCUCUUGCUUGCUCAGAUUUUAUCAGCCUCAAAAUCAGUUAUUGGCCAAUAUUCUGAAGGAAGUGCCUCUGGUCAUUGACACCGCCAAAAGAGGUGAAUUGGAUUUCAAGCUAGUAACCAGGGUGGCGGAAAGAUUUUGUCAUCUCACGAAUUCAACUCUUGGUGGAAAGUAUUUUCAGUGUCCAAGGGAAUUUCAAUUUCAUUCCUUAACAUCUAAGAGCGGAUUCAUGGGGCAAGGACUAUGGUGGUGUCGCUUGAAGCAAUUGCGACAAUUUACAGAGAACCAUUCGAAUUUUAAGAAUUUAUUUACCAUACACUUCAACGAUUUCAAAAAUGUGUUCCACAACAAUGCUUCCUACUUACUGGGUUUAGAUGAUUUGUCUUAUAUUAUGAGAUCCCACUGCCCUGCCACUUAUAACCACAUUCGACGGAUUUCGUAUUAG